AUCGCCAUUGAGGGAUGUUGUCAUGGACAGCUCGAUUCUAUAUAUGAGCAUAUUUCUCAACUGGAGAAACAAAAUAACUAUAAAGUCGACUGCCUGCUGAUCUGUGGUGACUUCCAAGCCAUGCGAAAUCACCAAGACCUCCAAUGCAUGGCCGUACCGGAUAAAUACAAGCGUAUAGGCGGAUUUUAUAGAUACUACACGGGAGAGAAAACGGCGCCUAUCUUGACACUCGUUAUCGGUGGGAAUCACGAGGCGUCGAACUACAUGUGGGAGCUGUAUCACGGUGGAUGGUUAGCUCCAAAUAUAUAUUUCCUCGGCUUCGCAGGCUGCGUGCAGGUCAAUGGAAUCAGAAUAGCGGGUCUGUCGGGAAUCUAUGCGGAACAUCAUUACAAAUUAGGUCACUUCGAAGCCAUCCCUUACAAUAAUGGCGCGCUUCGGAGUAUAUAUCAUGUUCGCGAAUAUGAUAUAUUCCGUCUUUCUCAGCUAUCAUCCGCUGAUAUAGUAUUAUCCCAUGACUGGCCACAGGGAAUUGCGAAACAUGGGGACGCGGAUGAUCUACUUCGCCGCAAGCCCUUCUUCCGAUCAGAUAUUGAGUCGAAUGUACUUGGGUCGCCUCCAGCCAUGCAGCUUCUUCGGAGAUUAAAACCAAGUUGGUGGUUUUCCGCACACCUGCAUUGCAGGUUUGAGGCGACUGUCGUUCAUGAAGAGCUAUCUUAUCAAACUAGAACGCAAGGUUCGUGGUGUUCUAUACCGGGAGAUGGAAACAAUCCAGACGAGAUUGUAAUAGAUGAUCUUGAUGAUGACCUUGACCCGGAGUCGGCCGAAGCGAAACCCGUGGAGAUCACUGUCCCAUCGGAAGCGGGUCGGGCAGAAGAACUGCCUAUCAAUCCCGACGAGAUCUUACUCGAUGAUGAGCUGGAGGGUGUUGCCGCGCCGCCACCAGUACGGGACACGACAAAGUUUCUUGCAUUGGACAAAUGCCUCCCGCGGCGACAGUUUUUGGAGGUUGUGGACGUUCCCUGCGCUGAUUCUCCGGAGACUCCUCGACUCAUGUUCGAUCCAGAAUGGUUAGCAAUCACCCGAGCUUUCCAUCCUUAUCUAUCGAUUGAGCGCCUCCAACCUCGACUGCCGGACACAGCAGAAGCAAAAGAAAGGGUAAAACAAGAGUUAGAAUGGGUAACUAGGAACAUCAGCGAUAGAGAUGUACACGAUUGCCAGGUCUUCUGGCCAACAGCACCUGGGCCGGGAAGCGAGGGACCCAACAGGAAUAGACAACCUCCCUGGUUUACGAAUCUACAGACCGAGGCUUUCUGCGACAUGCUGCAGCUCGAGAACAAGGUGAAUCCUGUGCCAAAGAAUAUGCCCUCCAGACCGCCUGCAGUCGCGUAA